AGGACUCCUCGGUCAUGUGAUCCACUUUUUUUUUUCCUCCUUCUUCUUCUUCUUCUUUUCCUCCUUCAAGUUGAGGCAGCGGGGGGAGCGCAGCUCGAGUUGGCGCUGGAUGCCGCAGAAUCGAGUCGUGUUUUCCUGCGUGUUUUCGUCUCGUGUGAUUGUUCCCCACCUUCGCGUCGACAAUGGCGGGAGCCAUCAUCGAGAACAUGAGCACCAAAAAGUUGGUGAUCGUGGGGAUUACUCUGCUUUUGCUCCAGGUGUUCGCCUUCAUGGUCGGCGGGUUGAUUGCUCCCAGCCCCACCACCACUGUCCAACACUUGGCUUCCAAGUGCAUCGACACUGUCAAGCAUCGGCAGGAAUCCAAAUGGUUUGUGCCGAACCAGUGCGACAAAAUAAAGUCCUUUAAUGAGGCGAUUGCGAAGAAGAUUGAAGCCAACAACAUUGUGUUUGCUGUCCACAUCCCUCCGCCUCCCUACGAGAUGAGUCCCUGGUUCCAGUUCAUGCUGGUCAUCCUGCAGUUCGACAUCGCCUUUAAGAUGUACAACCAGAUCGAGGACGGAGUGAUGGUCACGCUGGAUGUGGGCUUGGCCUACAGAGACGACACAGUCAGUGAGUGGACAGAGAUGGCUCACUCUAUAGAGCAGAGGAAGCUCAGCUGCAACUUCACGGCACCCAAGACGCUGGAAAAUGAGGGUCGGUACUACGAAUGUGACACGCUGCCCUUCAUGGAGCUGGGCAGCGUCUCGCACAAGUACUACCUCCUCAACAUCCGCCUGCCUGUCAACGAGCGCAAGAAGAUCAAUGUGGGAAUCGGUGAAAUCAAGGACAUCCAUCUGUUUAGCAUCCACCAGAACGGUGGUUUCACCAAAGUUUGGUUCGGUCUGAAGACCUUCCUCAUGCCGAGCAUCCUCAUCAUCAUGAUCUGGUACUGGAGACGCAUCACUCUCAUGAGCAGGCCGCCCGUGCUGCUGGAGAAGGUCAUCCUGGCUCUGGGCAUCUCCAUGACCUUCAUCAACAUCCCAGUGGAGUGGUUCUCCAUCGGCUUCGACUGGACUUGGAUGCUGCUCUUUGGAGACAUCAGACAAGGAAUCUUCUACUCCAUGUUGCUGUCCUUCUGGAUCAUUUUCUGUGGCGAGCAUCUCAUGGACCAGACGGAGAGGAACCGUUUCUCCGUGUACUGGAAGCAAGUGGGACCCAUUGUUUUUGGAUCUUUCUGUUUGUUUAUCUUCGACAUGUGUGAACGAGGAGUCCAGCUGACCAACCCUUUCUACAGUAUCUGGGCGUCUGAUGUUGGAACUGAACUGGCUAUGGCAUUUAUUAUCGUGGCCGGCAUCUGCGCCUGCCUCUACUUCCUCUUCCUCUGCUUCAUGGUUUUCCAAGUGUUCCGCAACAUCAGCGGGAAGAGAUCCUCCCUCCCUGCCAUGUCCAAGGCCAGGCGGCUGCACUACGAGGGUUUGAUCUUCAGAUUCAAGUUCUUGAUGUUGGUCACUCUGACCUGUGCUGCUAUGACAAUCAUCUUCUUCAUCAUCAGCCAGGUGAACGAAGGUCACUGGCACUGGGGGGAGCACACGGUGCAGGUCAACAGUGCGUUCUUCACCGGCAUCUACGGCAUGUGGAACCUCUACGUGUUUGCCAUCAUGUUCCUGUAUGCGCCCUCACACAAGCGAUAUGGAGACGAGCAGUCAAGCGAAGGUGGAGCCAACAGUGGCGAGGACAUCCAGCUGACCACAACCAUCACCCACGUGGACGGUCCCACUGAGAUCUACAAGAUGACAGGCAAAGAGGCCCAAGAGUAGAUGACGUAUCUCCUACUGCUCCCAGCUCCCCCUCCCUCAUGUAUGUGUAUUAUCCAACGCAAUAUUCUUUUACAUAAACAUUGCAUGGACUGAGAAGUCCCUGAUAGUUCCUAUUGUCCUGAAGACUGAACACUAUAACCCCCUCCAGUCGUCUGUUCCAUUUCAUCUUAGUGUUUUUUUGUAUUUUUUUUUACAUUGCCUGAUCCUUUCCUGGCAUAAAAGGUGAAAACAACUGCACAGACUUUUGAAAGCUGCUUAUGGGUUUGUUGUGUUUAGCAGAGGUUGAUCUUUCCUAAGGCUCACCCUGGAUUUCUGUUGUGUAUCUACACUGUUCUAUAUCCAUAAAGCCUAAAAAUAUAAACAAACUCAUAUUCCACGACACCAUCAUCUGGGAGAAGCUUAACUUUUCAAAUCCAUGUUACACUUUUGAAAAACUGGCCUACUGCUCAUUGUGUGUUUCUUUGGUCAUGUUUUUUUUUUAAUUGUAAUUUAAAUAAAAUAACGUU